AAGAUAAGCGCAUGUGUACUGACUGUCAUACUGAAUAAGCGAGCAUGAAGAACUGCACAAAGACGAUUUGACAAAGUCCUGAUGCCUUUAAAUAAACCAUAAAAUUGCAUUUGCUGGGUAAACUGCUGACCCAGUGUGGAUUUUGUUCAUCAGUGCACAUGAGUGCGUACAGGCUGCAGCAACUCAAGGCUCAUAUUUUGCCUGAAAAUAAGAUCACGGACAUGGCAGGCUCACCUAGUCCUCUGACCACCCAUGUGUUGAAUACUGCAGCGGGCAUCCCUGGCUCGAACAUGGGCCUUGGUCUCUAUCGACAAGACCCCUCCUCUAAUGCCUGGAGUCUGAUAACUACUGGGACCACUAAUGAUGAUGGACGUUGUCCAGGACUCAUCACAAAACAAAUGUUUACAUCUGGUGUUUAUAAACUUCGUUUUGAGACGGCUCAGUACUGGGAGAGUCUGGGAGAGGCCUGCUUUUACCCGCAUGUCGAGAUUGUCUUCACUAUAAUUGACCCUGGCCAGAAGUAUCACAUCCCUCUGCUCCUGAGUCGUUUCUCUUAUAGCACCUACAGAGGGAGUUAGAGGAUAUUCAUCUCGGUACCAGCUUCUUUUUUCUCCCUUUGGAAAUAAAUAUUAAACAGAAAUCAAAAGUUGUUUAUUG